CGGUAAUACAAGUAAACAGUAGCAACCAAAAUGGCGGACAGUGUUAUACUUAUGUGAUGAGUUUUCGUUAAAGUGUAAGUUUACCUAUCUGAAGAAAAUGGACGAAGGGGUUACAUGUGAAACUAAAGAGCAAGUACCAUGGAAAACAAGGGACGAACUUAUUAAGGGACUUAAACUAAUAGAUAAAGAAGUAUCAGACAUUCAAACAGCAAUUGCAGAAGGAGAGCAAGCUCUCGGCCUAAAAAAGAAGGAACAAUGGAAAAAAAGAGGUUACAAACCGUUCCCAGGAAAAAAAGGCUUGGGUGAUAUAACAGAAAGAUUGAAAAAGAUACUGUUUUCUCUACAGAGUGACAGAAUAAAAAUCAGUGUUUUUGGCAGAACCUCAACAGGGAAAAGCGCCGUAAUUAAUGCUUUGCUUGGGUGCAACGUUUUGCCAAGUGGUCGAGGACACGUAACACAAUGUUUUAUCGAAAUUCGUGGAACGGAUGAGGAGAAAGGAUUUUUGAAGGAACAGGAUAGAAGGGAAGAUAUUGAGAAACUAAGGGAGAAGGCUAACGCUCUUCACCCGUCCGGUACUAAACAUGCAGCACAUCUGGAGUUAUAUUGGCCGAAGACUCAGUGCCCACUUCUCAAGGACGACUUCGUUAUAAUUGACAGUCCUGGAAUUGACGUCGAUAUUGACCUGGAUAAAGGCAUCACUAAAUACUGUGCAGACUCUGACGUGUUCGUUUUAGUGGUCAAUGCCGAAGCUAGCAUUUGUUUGACGGAAAUCAACUUUUUGAAACGUAUUUCGACUGAAAUAUCUGUACCCAACAUUUUUAUACUUUUCAAUCGGUGGGACAAGUGUACCAAGGAUGAAAAUAAAGAGUCGAUAAAAAAACAGCACAAGGAUAAAAGCCAAGAAUUAUUCAAAAGCCUUGGCAAAGAACGUUCAAACAGACACAAUGUAUUUUUUGUGUCAGCCAAAAAGACACUUGAAGGUUCAAAUGUAGAUGAUGAAGUUGGUGAUAACAACGAAUUCAUGAAGUUUAAAAACCAACUUAUGGAUUUCGUGUCCAAAUCUGCUGUUGCAACAAAAUGUCAAAGACAUGUUCAGAGUUGGAAAGAAAUGUGUGCAAACUUGGCAAACCGAAACGAAGAAGCGCUACAGUGGCUUAUACAAGGAAGGGAAUUGACUAUAAUAGCACAGGACACAAACAAUGAUCAGUUGAGAAAUGUGCGUUCAGCUAUGUCGGCUUUGGAUGAAAGCACGGAGACAGAAAUUGAGUUUCUGCGUUCAACGAUACCAAAAUAUUUGACGACACUUGCUGAAAACGUUGAUCCAAAGAAAGACAUCGAAACUCCGAGUCGAACUGAAACGCCUUUCCAUGGUUCACCUGAUGAUUACAAACAGAGACUACACGAGCGUCUGAAAAAUAGGAUAUUUCAAUUGGCACAAAGUUUAUGUGAAAAAAACAUUGAACACAUCGUCACCAUGUCAAAAGAAAACAUUGCAGGAAAAGCUAAAAGAGUUCUACGAAAACUCAAGGAUAAAAAAUCUGGCACAACAUUAUCACAAAACGACGUGGAUGUGAAUCGACGAUUCGGCAACUUUAAAACAGAUUUUUCGUUCAAACUGAACAAAAAAACCUGCGGAAUGGCGUUUCUUGUCGUGUUUGCCCCUGUUGCUGUUCUGGCUACACCAUUCGUAGGCCUUGCGGGCGGAGUAGCAAUGUCAUUGUUGACCGGCAGCAUAGGCGUCGUUGCAACAGCUGGUUAUCAAAAACUUAGUUGGGAUGAGCAGAAUAUUAUAAAACAGGAUUUUAUAAAGAAUGCUGGCGAGACUGUUGAGAUAGUUAUAACAGACUUUUGCGAUUCUACAGUUAAACGAAUUUCUAAAGAAUUUAGAGAUCUACGUGACGAAUUAAAUGCGAAGCUGGAGUUGGCAUGCACCGACUUGGAACAUAAGGAUUCUCAAAUGAAUGAAGGCAUCAGAAAACUCCAAAGCCUGUCAAAAACAACUGAAGAAAGGAGGGAGAAAGUUAACGUUCUUAAAAGACAGGUUGCGGAUCUACUUGAAGCCGUUCAAAAUCCACCACAUUCUGAUAGUACGAGUGGCGCCCAAAUUCUGUAUACACGUUUAGACAGUACCGCAUGAAAAACCCGUGCAAAUUGCUUUUACUUUUUCAUGUACAAUCAUAAUCUUGAUGUUUUCAACAUUGAUAUUCGUCAUUUAUAGCCUGGUGCGUCGAAAAAUUAGUGAUAAAGUGGAAAUGGUAGUUGUUGGACUUUUGAAGACUAAACACAAAUAUAGGAGUAUUCAAAAUGGGUUGAACGCAAUGGGAUAUUCGAUUUCCUUGGGCUCCAUCAAGAAUGUUCGUGAUAAUAUUGGACAUCAACGCCAAUAAAUAUUUGACUCUACAAUAGAAAGUAUCACAUGCUGUUAUAAAGAAACAAUUUCGUUAUUUUAAGAAAUGAAAUCUAUACAAGUAAAUAGUUAUCAUUUAACUAUUUGUCUGUAAAUGAGUUCAAUGCAAAAGCGCUGUACGCAACCUUUUCUUAACUUAAAAUUGAA